UCGCAGGCUGCACACUUCCUCGGCUGCUACACAACCGGUCACUUCACUCCUCACUUCCUUCUCCACAAGAAGUUUUUAAUUUUAAUUGUCGCUAGAGUUAAGUGGUCGACGCCAUGGUCAAGUACUCCAGGGAGCCGGACAACCCGUCCAAGUCCUGCAAAGCCAAGGGGUCCAAUCUUAGGGUGCACUUCAAGAACACGAGGGAAGCCGCCUGCGCCAUUAAGCGAAUGCCCCUCCGCCGAGCUAUCAAAUACUUGAAGAACGUGCUCGAGAAGAAGGAAUGUGUCCCAUUUCGACGGUACAACGGCGGUGUGGGGAGGUGUGCCCAGGCGAAGCAGUGGGGCACGACGCAGGGAAGAUGGCCCCAAAAAUCGGCCGAGUUUUUGCUCCACCUCCUCCGAAAUGCAGAAUCCAACGCGGACUCGAAAGGUCUCGAUGCUGACCGUCUCGUCAUUGAGCACAUUCAAGUGAACCGAGCCCCCAAAAUGAGGCGUAGGACGUACCGUGCUCACGGAAGGAUCAAUCCCUACAUGAGCUCCCCGUGUCACAUUGAGGUCAUUCUUUCCGAGAAGGACGAAGUCGUGGCCCGCGCCAAGGAGGAGGAACCCGUCAAAAAGAAGAUUUCCAAGAAGAAACUCAACCGACAGAAGAUGAUGCAGCGAGGAGAGUAAAAAUAAAUCUACGUAAAUUUCCACCAUUCUCUCGAACCCCCUCCACCUCAUCCUCGAUAACAACUUAUCAAUUCCUCCCUUGUUGGUGAUGACUUUACAGAAAAGGAAAAAAUAAAAAUGUUGACACUUUUACAACCGUUGAAA